GGUAAGCUGGGGGAGGGGACGCCUGGGCCCUUUGUUCUGGCACUCCAGAUGGCCAGGCGGCCUGUCCCCCAGGCUGUGGUUCUGUGGGUGCCCUUGGCUCCCAGCCUGUGGUUCUGUGGGCUUCCCCGUCCCCCAGCCUGUGGUUCUGUGGCUCUUUCCUGGCCUCCGUAUCAGUUUCGGCCUAGUCUCUGUUCCUAUCUCAUUUGAUCUCUCUGCCUCUCUCUCUGACCUCCUCCUCCUCUUCCUCUCUCUGGAUGUCAGUCCGCUUCUCUCUGGAUCUCGUGUCUCAUUCACUCUGGUCUCUGCCCCCUCUCUCUGGGUCUAUGCACAGCCUGCCUUGGGCCGAUGCCCCUCCCCCUUCUCUUCUAGCAGCUGCCGCUGGCAUCCUAACACCUGUUCUUGGAUGGGACUAGAAGGUUUCACCACUCUCCAUUUCGACAAUAACUCGGCUCCUCUCUUUAAAACCAGUAAUCUGCACCCAGAGUUUCAACCUUCAUGGCCCUUGGCAUUACUCUGGGGCCCAAAUGGGGGAACCCCGGGCUGGGGCCCCCCUGGACGAUGGCAGCGGCUGGACAGGCAGUGAGGAAGGCAGUGAAGAGGGCACCGGCGGCAGCGAGGGGGCUGGGGGAGACGGGGGCCCAGAUGCAGAGGGUGUCUGGAGCCCAGACAUUGAGCAGAGCUUCCAGGAAGCCCUGGCCAUCUACCCGCCAUGUGGCCGUCGGAAAAUCAUUCUGUCUGAUGAAGGCAAGAUGUAUGGUCGUAAUGAACUGAUUGCCCGCUACAUCAAGCUGAGAACAGGGAAGACCCGGACUCGCAAACAGGUCUCUAGUCAUAUCCAGGUUUUGGCUCGAAGGAAAUCCAGGGAAAUCCAGUCCAAACUGAAGGCCUUGAAUGUGGACCAGGUUUCUAAGGACAAGGCUUUCCAGACGAUGGCUACCAUGUCCUCUGCCCAGCUCAUCUCAGCACCUUCCCUACAGGCCAAACUGGGCCCUGCCGGUCCUCAGGCCACUGAACUUUUCCAGUUUUGGUCAGGGGGCUCUGGCCCACCCUGGAAUGUUCCAGACGUGAAGCCAUUCUCACAGACACCGUUCUCCUUGUCACUGACUCCCCCAUCUACUGACCUCCCAGGGUACGAGCCUCCCCAAGCCCUCUCACCCCUGCCUCCACCUGCCCCAUCACCCCCAGCCUGGCAGGCUCGGGCUCUGGGCACUGCCCGGUUGCAGCUGGUGGAGUUCUCAGCCUUUGUGGAACCACCCGAUGCAGUUGACUCUUACCAGAGGCACCUGUUUGUGCACAUCAGUCAGCAUUGUCCCAGUCCUGGAGCACCGCCAUUGGAGAGUGUGGACGUCCGGCAGAUCUACGACAAAUUUCCUGAGAAAAAGGGUGGUCUGCGGGAGCUGUAUGAUCGAGGCCCUCCCCAUGCCUUUUUCUUGGUCAAGUUCUGGGCGGACCUGAACUGGGGCCCAAGUGGUGAGGAGGCAGGGGCUGGCAGCAGUGGCGGCAGCAGCGGUGGCUUCUAUGGAGUGAGCAGCCAGUACGAGAGCCUGGAGCACAUGACCCUCACCUGCUCCUCCAAGGUCUGCUCCUUUGGCAAGCAGGUGGUGGAGAAGGUGGAGACAGAGCGGGCCCAGCUGGAGGACGGGCGCUUCGUGUACCGCCUGCUGCGCUCACCUAUGUGCGAGUACCUGGUGAAUUUUUUGCACAAGCUGCGGCAGCUGCCCGAGCGAUACAUGAUGAACAGCGUCCUUGAGAACUUCACCAUCCUCCAGGUGGUGACCAACAGAGAUACCCAGGAACUGCUGCUCUGCACCGCCUACGUCUUCGAGGUCUCCACCAGUGAGCGUGGGGCCCAGCACCACAUUUACCGCCUGGUCAGGGACUGAAGAAGGAGCCCACAGUUGGCUCAGCCCCAGAACACCUUCCUCCUAGGAAGGACCCUCCAGCUCUCUUCAUGAUUCUUAUUUGGGAAUGGGGCUGUGAUGGAAAGGGGCUGACCACAGAGGCCUGAACAACGAGGAUUGUCUCCUAUUAGAAAGGACCCCCAAACCUGCUUGGUGAGCUGAACAAACCAGGACUGAAGAUAGACCCCAGUACUGGGACCUCAUAGGGGGUGUUUGAAACUCCUGAGCAUCAGGGAUUGGGGACAGGAAUAAGACAACCCCCAGGUACACCACCACUGGUUUCCUGGCCUCUAACUCUCUUCUGGAUGUUUUGGCAGGCCCUGGUUCCACAUUGGCUUGUCUUCCUUUUUUCCAGCUGCCUCCUCCCCUAAAUAUCUGCCCCCCCUUCUGAUCUGUGAUGUCACAAAUUGAGGAUUAACCUUUUUGUGCAGAGCCAGGUGGGCCCUGCAAAUAUUUUGUUUUUUAAAAAAUAUAACGAAGUAUUUAUA